UUUGCUGUUUGCAUCUCCUCAGGUGGAAUUGCUCUAGUCCUUAAUGGGCCAUUUCCUUAUCGCGGCCAUUGGCUGGUCGUACUGGCUACUAUCCUCUAUGUCAUGGAGAUUGUCCUAUUCUUUUCCUUCCUUGCCAUUCUACUGGCUAAAUGGAUACUCUACCCACACGUAGCCGUUCGCCGUGCUUUGAGCGACCCAGACGAACUAGGAACCUAUGCUAUUUUACCUAUCGCUCUUAUGACUAUUGGCGCUCUCACCAUCACCCAAGUCAGCGAAGGACCCUGGGGUGGCCAUGCAUUUACCUUGGUCGGUUAUGUCAUUCGGUGGAUGGGUGUAGUAUGGGUCUUUGUGACUUGUGUCGUGGUUCUAACGGUGCUAUUCUAUACUGGAAAUCAAGCCGACAGAGACAUGACGCCGGUGUCAUUUAUGGCUCCUGUCGGUAUGGCGACCGCUGCCUCCGAGGCUGGUCUCAUCACGAUCUAUGGCUUCGACAUGUCAUCGAGGCUUGCCGUACCACAGAUUAUUGUCGGCUACUUCGCCUCCGGUGUGGCUAUGUUCAUGGCCACCCUCCUCUACACAGUUUACUUCCAUCGUCUACUGGCAGCUGGAUGGCCUGCUCCUCCGAAGCGAGCAGGACUCUUUAUCUUGAUCGGUCCUUGCGGACAACUCGCAACAGCAUUCCAACUGCUAGGCGAAUCUGCAAACACAUACAUGCGUUUCUCCCAAUACAAACCCUCAGCAAUCCAGCCUCCAGAGUACGGCACAUUCUGGACUCAACAGACCGCACAAGGUGUAGAUGGAGCCGGCAUCUUCAUGGCCUUGCUCCUCCUAGGUUUCGACUACCUCUGGUUCUGCAUCGCCAUCAUCGGCGUCGUUGACGUUUUUGUCAAGCGACAGGCCACUUAUACAUUGACUUGGUGGGCCAUUGUUUUCCCCACCGUGACGCUUACGACUGCUUGGUUAGAACUGGCUUCGUCUAUGGACUCUCCCACAUUCAGAGCUUUGGUAUGUGCUCUAACGAUAUUUCUGGUGAUUGCCUUCUUUGUCAAUUUGGCUUUUACUCUGAGGGGCGUGGCCAAUGGGUCUUUGAUUUUUGGCAAGUCGCAGUUGGAGAUUGAAGAGGGUAUGAUGAAGAAGGUGCAGGAUGAGAUGACGAGUAGCAAGGCUGAAGUAUAG